CUCCGCCUGGGCCGGAGAGAACUGCAUCGGCGAACGGUGCCUCUCCAGUGUAGGCUGCGGCGGCUCCCGGACCGUGCUGGGCUGUGGCGAGACAGCUCCGGGCGAGCCUUCGGCGGUGGCAGCCGACGCCCCGAAGUGCGCUGCGCGGUUCGCGUUCCGGUUGCUUGCAUGGACACCGCGUUGAAGCGGAGCCUCUCCGAGGAGCCGGCUGAGCUCCUGCCGUCGGCCCGGGACUUGGAGGAGGAGGAGGAAGAGGAAGAGGGGAUGGAGCAAGAGCUGGAGGAGGAAGAAGAGGUGGACCCCCGGAUCCAGGGAGAACUGGAGAAGUUAAACCAAUCCACGGAUGACAUCAACAGACGGGAGACUGAACUUGAGGAUGCGCGUCAGAAGUUCCGCUCUGUUCUGGUGGAAGCCACAGUGAAACUGGAUGAACUGGUGAAAAAGAUCGGCAAAGCUGUGGAAGACUCGAAGCCCUACUGGGAGGCGAGGAGGGUGGCAAGGCAGGCUCAGCUGGAAGCUCAGAAAGCCACGCAGGACUUCCAGAGGGCCACGGAGGUGCUCCGUGCCGCCAAGGAAACCAUCUCCCUGGCUGAGCAGCGGCUGCUGGAGGAUGACAAGCGGCAGUUCGACUCUGCCUGGCAGGAGAUGCUGAAUCACGCCACCCAGAGGGUCAUGGAGGCAGAGCAGACCAAGACAAGGAGCGAGCUGGUGCACAAGGAGACGGCGGCCAGGUACAACGCAGCCAUGGGCCGCAUGCGGCAGCUGGAGAAGAAACUCAAGAGAGCCAUCAACAAAUCCAAGCCUUAUUUUGAACUCAAGGCAAAGUACUAUGUGCAGCUUGAGCAAUUGAAGAAGACUGUAGAUGACCUACAGGCCAAACUGGCCCUGGCGAAAGGCGAGUACAAGACGGCCCUGAAGAACCUGGAGAUGAUCUCGGACGAGAUCCACGAGCGGCGGCGCUCCAGCGCCAUGGGGCCUCGGGGCUGCGGUGUCGGGGCCGAGGGCAGCAGCACGUCUGCAGAGGACCUGUCAGGGAGCAAACCCGAGCCCGACGCCGUUUCUGUGGCUUCCGAGGCCUUUGAAGACGACAACUGCAGCAACUUUGUAUCUGAAGAUGACUCAGAAACCCAGUCCGUGUCCAGCUUUAGCUCAGGACCGAUGAGCCCGUCUGAGCCGGCUGACCAGUUCUCUGCAGUUGUGAGGCCUGGCAGCCUGGAUCUGCCCAGCCCUGUGUCCCUGUCCGAGUUUGGGAUGAUGUUCCCGGUGUUAGGCCCUCGCAGCGAAUGCAGCGGGGCCUCCUCCCCAGAGUGUGAGGUGGAACGAGGAGACAGAGCAGAAGGGGCGGAGAACAAAACAAGCGACAAAGCCAACAACAAUCGGGGUCUUCGCAACAGCAGCAGUGACGGUGGCAAGAGUCAGAGCAGCAGCUCCCCCGAGGUCCAGGCCCUGGCGAACCGCAUUAAGCAGCUCUCCCUGCACUGCGCGAAGGGUCGAGAGGGGCUUAUUGCUGACAUAAAGGUGGUGCAGAUCGGCUGAGCCGUCCGGGGCCCCGGCCCCAGUGCGCAUCACUGUUUGUACGUGAAAACUGUACGGAGAACAUUGUGCCAACACUCAUUUAACACAUGCCAAAUCGUAAGCGUUUACUCUAAACUGCACUAACGGAGUUUUGGUGAUCUUGAGGGCCGAAGAUCUUUCUUCUGGGUAAGAGCUCCGGAGCUGGUGCGUUUCCCAGAGCGGAGCUGUUGCGGGUGCGCCGUGAGCGGUGCACGCGGUCUUGGUGGGACAUUAGCUGUGACGGUGUUACGGAAGCAAUAAGUAGUUCCUACACGAGAACCCGAGCCAGGAAAGGGGCUGGCAAGCUGAGCCCUGCCUCGGCCAACAGCUUGCUUCUCUUUCCCUUCUCUCAUCCUCAGUUUGGGAAAACAGAGAUGUUCCCCUUUAUAUCUUAGGGGAUCUACAUGGACAAAAAGAAUGCAAGACAAAACUCAAAUAUUCAGAAUGUACCCUUUUUGACCCAGUGAAAGCUUAAACAAUCCAGGAACAUAAUUCAUUUUGGUAGCCUCUGGUAUUCAGAAGGGGCUUUAAAGAAAGUGUAUGUUGGUACACCCAUUAAAACCAUUUUCUAUAAAGGUUACUAUGAGCUGCACUUUUUGGGGUGGGAGAGGGGAAUGCCAGUGUGGGGAGGGGUGGUGGGGUGGGGAGAAUGAGGGCGGCACGGACACGUCCUAGGAUGGGAUUCGUGGCGGUGGGGGAGAAGGCGCUGUAGCAUAGUGUACCACCUUUCCCACCAGCCAAGGGGACUUACUCUAAGGGAAGUGCAUGUGAAGAAUGGUUGCCAUUGUUAUUCUAGACUGACAAGGUGUUCAUUUCUCUGUAGGCUGUAACUUAAAAAAAAAUUAAGGGUUAUGCUACUAGUAUUCCUUAGGGGGAAUUGUUUCUUAAAGCUAGGAAAGGGAGCAGGCAUGUGUUGGCAGUGGCUGUUACAUAGAUGCAAUGGGAUCUGUCAUAAUACUAAUAGUAGUGUGUAUUACGACUGCUUUUCUCAUGUUUUCAUGGUUACACAUAUUUAAGAGCACUGUAUUUUAUUUGUUAAAACUUGGUAUUUCUAAAAGGAAAAAAAGCAACCCCAUUUCAAGUUGUUUGUUAAUUGUCAAAACUUGUAUAUUUUAGUCAUUUGUAAAUCUCUUCAUACUGCAGUGUUUUCUCCUUUUUUAAUGACUGAUCUGGUAUCUUCAUUAUAAGGUUAUUUUGUACUUGUCUUAAUACCUUGAGUGUAAUAAAAACCACUGAAAAUGUC